GGCGCUGCGGUUGAGGCGGCGGCUUCCGAGCGGGCCGCGGGCGGUAGGAGCGGGGCACCGGCAUGGACGUUUCGGGGCAGGAGACCGACUGGCGGAGCGCCGCCUUCCGGCAGAAGCUGGUCAGCCAAAUAAAUCUUUUGAAGGAGAGGUAGACCCUGUCUACAGAUGAGGAGGAGGUGAGCCGUGGUCACAGGCAGCUGCCAUAAGGUGGAAAGUCGCCAUGUGCUUUGUGUCACGAGAGGAUGCCAUGAGGAAGGCUGGCGUGGCCCACAGUAAAUCCAGCAAAGACAUGGAGAGCCACGUGUUUCUGAAGGCCAAGACCCGGGAUGAAUACCUUUCUCUCGUGGCCAGGCUCAUUAUCCAUUUUCGAGACAUCCAUAACAAGAAAUCACAAGCUUCUGUCAGUGACCCUAUGAACGCGCUGCAGAGCCUGACUGGUGGGCCCGCCGCGGGAGCAGCCGGCAUUGGCCUACCUGCUCGGGGCCCCGGCCAGCCCCUGGGCGGGAUGGGCGGCCUGGGGGCCAUGGGGCAGCCGAUGCCACUCUCGGGGCAGCCACCUCCCGGCACCUCGGGGAUGGCCCCCCACGGCAUGGCCGUCGUGUCCACGGCCGCUCCGCAGACCCAGCUGCAGCUCCAGCAGGUGGCGCUGCAGCAGCAGCAGCAGCAGUUCCAGGCACAGCAGCAGGCAGCGCUGCAGCAGCAGCAGCAGCAGCAGUUCCAGGUGCAGCAGAGCGCCAUGCAGCAGCAGUUUCAGGCCGUGGUGCAGCAGCAGCAGCUCCAGCAGCAGCAGCAGCAGCAGCAUCUGAUCAAGUUGCAUCAUCAGAACCAGCAGCAGAUGCAGCAGCAGCAGCAGCAGCAACUCCAACGGAUGGCACAGCUGCAGCUGCAGCAACAGCAACAGCAACAGCAGCAGCAGCAGCAGGCUUUGCAGGCCCAGCCGCCAAUACAGCAGCCCCCAAUGCAGCAGCCACAGCCUCCCCCCUCACAGGCCCUGCCCCAGCAGCUGCAGCAGCUGCAUCACCCGCAGCACCACCAGCCACCACCGCAGCCCCAGCCGCCGGUGGCCCAGAACCAGCCAUCGCAGCUCCCACCUCAGUCACAGACGCAGCCUUUGGUGUCGCAGGCUCCGGCCCUCCCCGGACAGAUGCUGUACGCCCAGCCACAGCUGAAACUCGUCCGGGCUCCGAUGGUGGUGCAGCAGCCGCAGGUGCAGCCCCAGGUGCCGCAGGUGCAGCCCCAGGUGCCACCGCAGACAGCAGUGCCGACGGCUCAGGCCUCCCAGAUAGUGGGUCCCGGAGUCCAGGUCAGCCAGAGCGGCCUCACCAUGCUGUCGUCACCGUCGCCGGGCCAGCAGGUGCAGACCCCGCAGUCGAUGCCCCCUCCCCCCCAGCCGUCCCCGCAGCCUGGCCCGCCCAGCUCACAGCCCAACUCCAACGUCAGCUCCGGCCCUGCCCCGUCCCCCAGCAGCUUCCUGCCCAGCCCUUCGCCACAGCCCUCCCAGAGUCCGGUGACGGCGCGCACUCCGCAGAACUUCAGCGUCCCCUCCCCAGGACCUUUGAACACGCCUGUGAACCCCAGCUCCGUCAUGAGCCCCGCGGGCUCGAGCCAGGCCGAGGAGCAGCAGUACCUGGACAAGCUGAAGCAGCUGUCCAAGUACAUCGAGCCCCUGCGCCGUAUGAUCAACAAGAUCGACAAGAACGAAGACAGAAAAAAGGACCUGAGUAAGAUGAAGAGCCUUCUGGACAUCCUGACAGACCCCUCCAAGCGGUGCCCUCUGAAAACGCUGCAGAAGUGUGAGAUCGCCCUGGAGAAACUCAAGAACGACAUGGCAGUGCCCACGCCCCCACCGCCCCCGGUGCCGCCAACCAAGCAGCAGUACCUGUGCCAGCCACUCCUGGACGCCGUCCUGGCCAAUAUCCGCUCACCUGUCUUCAACCAUUCCUUGUACCGCACGUUCGUGCCUGCCAUGACGGCCAUACACGGCCCCCCCAUCACGGCCCCGAUGGUGUGCACCCGGAAGCGUAGGUUUGAAGAGGACGAACGGCAGAGCAUCCCCAAUGUGCUCCAGGGGGAGGUGGCCCGGCUAGACCCCAAGUUCCUGGUGAACUUGGACCCUUCUCACUGCAGUAACAACGGCACCGUCCACCUGAUAUGCAAGCUGGAUGACAAGGACCUCCCCAGCGUGCCACCGCUGGAGCUCAGCGUGCCUGCCGACUACCCUGCCCAGAGCCCGCUGUGGAUUGACCGGCAGUGGCAAUACGACGCCAACCCCUUCCUGCAGUCGGUGCACCGGUGCAUGACUUCGCGGCUGCUGCAGCUCCCUGACAAGCACUCGGUCACGGCCCUGCUCAACACCUGGGCCCAGAGCAUCCACCAGGCCUGCCUCUCGGCCGCCUAGCCGCCACCGCCGCUGCAUCUCCGGCUGCCUGCCCUCCAGGGACCGUGGGGCAGCCGGCAGCCUCGUCAGGGCCCCAUGUUGGACAUUUCUAGAUGCUGGCUUCCUUAGAGAGCUUGGGCUUAGGUUAGCUUUCCUGCUUUUAUCUUCUGCCUUGGGGACCCGCCAAACAUUUCCCACACUUGGACAGGACUGGGACAGGCGGCUGGCUGCUUCCUCCAGGAGCCAGGCGUGCCCCCGGCCCUGUGCUCCUUGGGCUACUGUCCCCGCAGCCUCUGCAGGGCCUGUGUCCUUCCUCGGGGACUCAGGGUCCCAUGUGAGCCUCUUGCGUGUGCGCCAGAAAACCCUUCUACCGUUUCCAUAGGGGAACGUGCAGGACAUAGGAAACCCUUAAAACAUGCAGAAUUCCCUGAUCACGGUUUUGGGUUCAGAUCGUGCCACCGUUGGCAUGUGGGGCACGCCACAGGGAAGCUCCAGGAUCCAGGGGCGCUGGCUGCAGCUCCAGGGAAGGUCUGUUUGUGGCUGUGGGUCCCCGGCCACCGGCUGGGCCUCAUACCUCAUGAUCCUUCUCAUUCUAGCCCUGGGAGUCUGCUCAGCACUGUGGAGGCACCUGGGGAGCAGGGGCGUCUGGGUGGAUCUUGUUCCUGGCGCUGUGCCCACUGGUUAGGCACUUAGGCCCACUCGGGUUAGGAUGUUGUCCUCGGGACCCAGCGUCUUAAGAACGCUUCAAACAGAUGAGGGCUUCUGACGGGGCGCCAGCCGGCCCUCUGGCGAUGAGAGGUUCCCCCCUUUUGUAUGUGCGUUACCGUGUCUUCUGUGGUUCUUAUAAUAAAUUUAUUAUUCCUGUG